AUGGAAUUUAUUGCAUCUUUUGAUAAAUUUGGAGCAAUCUAUAAACCAAAACUAAAAUAAGAAUCUAAUAAUUAUAAAACUGUAUUAGGUGGAAUUAUCUCAAUAAUGAUAUACCUAAUAAGUUUUCUUUAUUUUUGUUACAAAAUCUUAGAAUUUGGAAAAAAUGAAAUAAAUCCUAUUCAGUCAAUUGCUUAUGAAUAUACUGAAAAUUUAACAAUAAGUGAUAAUCAAGAUAUGUUGAGUUUCUAAAUUUAAGGAACUAAAAUAAAUCCUUUUAAUAAGUCUGCUCAAAUCCUUGUCCCAAUGAUGAUUUUUUAAGGAACCAAUGUAUGGACAGAUUCAUGUAAAUAGAUAAUGUAUUUAAUAGUAUUUUAUGGAUAUGAAGACAUUUACAACAAUUAGGAAAUUGAUUUUAAUACUCAAAUUUACUCACCAAAAAAUUUAAGUCUUUAGAAUGGAUAGGGUGAUUAUCCUCAUAGAAUUUUAAUAGGAUUAUAAGUAUGUAAUUAAUAUUAACAUAAAAAUUGUGCUAACGAAGAAAUAAUUGAUUAAUUUUUUAAGUAAAAUAGUAUUAAUAAAAAUAGUUAAAACAAUCUUUUAAUUAAAACUACAGUAAUAACUGAAUAAUAUAAUUCUUUUAAAAGAAACAUUAACAAUAUGACAACCGAGUUAGAUUUUGCUAUUGAUAGAAACUCUACUUUUUAUUAAAGAAUCAUAAUGCAAGCCCAACUCUUAUAAAUAGAUGAAGGUCCUCUACUUCCAUCUAUUAAUUCUAAAUGGAUUUUUAGCGAUUUAUAAGUACAGACUUAAAGUUUGGGAAAAGGUUUUAAGAGUGAUUUGGAUGCAGUGUUUCUUACUGAAUUAUCUAUGUCGUUUGUAACAUAAAGAAAAGUGGUUCAGUAUAUAAAAGUUUCCUAAGUUCUUGCUGAUGUAGGUUCAAUAUUUUCAAGUUUAAUGCUUUUUAGUAUUAUAAUUUCAUCUCUUAAUGAAUUUUUAAUGGAAGAAGAAUUACUAUAAUAAGUCAUUGGUAUUUAUUAUCCACAAUUUUGUUAAUUAUAAUUCAAAAGAUUUUUUAAUUUUGGUCCAAUAAAAGAAGUUAGAUUUAAAGAUAAAUCUCUUAAUUUAGAAUAAUUCUUAUAAUUCUAUAAAAAAGCUAAAACAAUAGCCAAGAAUAAAUUAACUAUACAUAGUAGCAUUUAUUAAACUUCUCGAUUAUAGUUUGCUAUAUAAGGAUUAAUUGCUAGAGAAUCUCUUAAGAAACUUAAUUUUUAGGGCAUAAAAUUAAACUUGAAUUAUGUUAGUACAUAUAAAUCCCCAAGAGAAAAUUAAAUUUGUUAGUCUAAGUCCUCGGUUAUAGAAUAUUAAGAAAUAGAAGAUCUUGUAAAUCUUUAAUUUACAGAUGAAGAUUUUGAUUUAUUUGAAUAAGACGAUCAUAAAUAGAAUGAAAAAUAGCAAAUAGUAGAAGAUAACUAGGUUUAACAGUUAAAUUUAAAUGAUAUUUAAUAAAUAGAUAUAUGA